AAAGACAUAUGAUGGGUUUCCCUCACGUCAGGUCUAUGCUCCAUCGAGCACAAGUAACAAGGGCCAUUCAAGCAUCUGGAGACUUGUUCAUUUUUCAUGAUGCGCGAGGUAUUGUGGCUCUACGUGCCCGUUGGUUCAUUCCAACCCAUACCUUCAUAUGUAUAUGGGGAGAAUUUACCAUCACCUUGGAGGAUGUUAUUGCCUUGUUGCAUCUCCCAGUCACGGGCAAUCUCCCUGAAAGUAUUUCAGCUGAGGAGACUGCAAUUUCCAAUAUCUUGACAGCUAAAAUGGAGGAAAUUAAUAAGGCAUCCGACAACAAAGGUUGUUAUGCUCACUGGUUAAAACGCUGGUGGCCAAAAGACGAGGUUUCUGAUAGUCCCAUCGACGACUCCAGUGUAUCGAAUGGCUUUAUGAAGAUCGAAUGCUAUGCCAACAUGAUGUUUCUUCAAGCCUUGAUGUGGGAGCAUUUUAAGAAUUAUGCACAUAUUCCACGUACUGUCUUGCAAGGAUUGAAUGCUAAUUCCCGGCAUAUUUUCUCUGAGAAUAAUAAUGCCAGAAUGAUGCGCUGGUCUACGAAGAAACCACGGAUUAAGGCACGUCUCAUUGAUGUGUUAGAUGAUGAAUCUGAGUUCGACUUUCGCCCAUGGGUGUCAACUCCUCCUUAUAUUUCUCAGCUGACAACUUUCAAUACUAGAAAGAGUAUGGCUUUAGCAUCUGGUGCAGGCCUGAGUGAUGGCGAGAGAUCUUAUAUGUCGAGUUGCACCCCUGGUCACUUGUUAUCAGCGAUAUAUGGAGAACUUUCAGUUAUGUAG